AUGACGAGCAUCUUAGAAUCUCUGUUUUCAUUAAAGGGCCGUAAGGCUGUUGUUACUGGCGGCACGAGAGGCAUCGGACAGGCUAUGGCUCUAUCGCUUGCAGAAGCAGGCGCAGAUAUCAUCCUGGUGCAGAGAAACGAAAGAAACAUCGAGAGCAAGACAUUGAUAGAAAAGCUUGACCGAAAAGCUUUCAUAUACACUGCGGACCUCAGUAGUCAAGAACAAGUUGAGAAUCUCAGCAAACGCAUCCUCGCUGACGGUCACGACGUCAGCAUCUUGAUCACCUGUGCCGGCAUCCAACGACGACACCCCGCCCAUCAAUUCCCCAUGAGCGACUGGGACGAAGUCCUCCAAGUCAACCUCCGCACAGUCUGGACCCUAUGCCGCGAUCUAGGUUCAUACAUGCUAACCCGCAAGCCCGACUCCAGCGGCCAUCGCGGAAGCAUCAUCAACGUCGCGUCACUCGUCAGCUUCCAAGGCGGUCUUACGGUCCCCGCGUACGCAGCAGCAAAAGGCGGGAUCGCACAGCUUACAAAAGCUUUGAGUAACGAGUGGGCGAGUCACGGUGUUAAUGUGAAUGCUGUUGCGCCGGGAUAUGUUGCUACGGAUAUGAAUGAGGCGCUGAUUAAUGAUGAAAAGAGGGCGGAGAGUAUUUUGUCGAGGAUUCCUGCGGGGAGAUGGGGAUGUCCAGAGGAUUUCAAGGGUGUUACGGUGUUUCUGGCGGGGAGGGGGAGUUUGUAUGUUUCUGGGGAGUUGGUUACCGUUGAUGGUGGAUGGAUGGGACGAUAG